AUGCCGCCUGUGAAGCUGACGCCCAAUCAGCAAAGGAUUAGGGUGAGCCGCACACGCACGCACGCAGCGAUGUUGCCAAUUCCUUUCAGAUACUGCAAUUUGGUUGGAAUGCAGGCAGAACUUCAUCCUCGCUAAUUCUUUGUACGCUUUACUUUGCUCCUACGCUGGCAGGUCAUGGUGGUCAGCUUUCCCUUUCUCGUCGCAACCUCUUGGGUGCUCUUCAAAAGGCUGUACUUGGGCGAAGAGCAAAGAAAGCUGCCAAGGGAUGGUAGAGAUGGACAUUUGAUCGAUUUCAGCACCUCUGCUUUGAAACCGGGAGAGGAUGGGAAGCGCAAGAGCGCCUGA